GGGGGCGCGGGGGCGGCCGCCCUCCCGCAGCAAACUUUGCUUGCCGCCGGGUGUUGAGGAGUGCCACCCGCGCUGCCGGGAGGCGCUGCCGCGGCUGCGGGAAGGAGCGCGGCCCGGGCAGGCGGCGUCGGCGUCGGCAGCAGCCAUGUUUGUCAAGCUUGUAGCAGCUGCUGCUCCCCUGCCUCGGCUUCGCCGGCCGCCUCGGUUUCUCUCCCGGCCGUGUGCCGGUCUCUAGGCCCUUGCAGCUGCGAACCCAGUUGAUGCGGGCCCAGUAUGGAUCAGACUUGUGAACUAUCUAGAAGGGAUUGUCUGCUGUCCUUUUCUAAUCCAGUGAACUUAGAUGCCCCUGAAGACAAGGACAGCCCUUUCGGUAAUGGUCAAUCCAAUUUUUCUGAGCCACUUAAAGGGUGUACUAUGCAGUUACCGACUGCCAGUGGAACAUCCCAAAAUGCUUAUGGACAAGAUUCUCCAUCUUGUUACAUUCCACUGCGGAGACUACAGGAUUUGGCCUCCAUGAUCAAUGUAGAGUAUUUAAGUGGGUCUGCUGAUGGAUCAGAAUCCUUUCAAGACCCUGCAAAAAGUGAAUCAAGAGCUCAGUCGCCAGUUGUUUGCACUUCCUUGAGUCCUGGUGGUCCGGCAGCACUUGCUAUGGAGCAGGAUCCCUCUUGUCGUAACUCCCCUGAACUCCAGUUAAGAGUAACAGAGAAGACCGAGAAUGGGUUUCUGCACUCUGAGAACUCUCCUGGUGUGGACGAUGCAGAUGUAGAUUCUGAAGUGGACUCAGAACAGCCAGUCACAGAGGAUGAGAGUAUAGAGGAGAGCUUUGAGGAAACUCAGACCAAUGCCACCUGCAAUACUGAGCCUAAAUCAGAAACCGGUGUAGAGAUGGCCAUGGGAAGUGAACGAGACAGCACACCAGAGAGUAGACCUGGUGCAGUCAAACGGCCAUUCUUGCCAUUAGCUCCUGAAACUGAAAACCAGAAAAAUAAACAAAGAAGUGAAGUGGACGGAAGAAAUGAAAAAACAGCCCUCCUCUCAGCCCCCAGUUCACUAGGAGAUACAGACAUUACCAUAGAAGAGCAAUUUAACUCAAUAAAUUUAUCUUUUCAGGAUGAUCCAGACUCCAGUACCAGUACAUUAGGAAACAUGCUAGAAUUACCUGGAACGUCAUCAUCAUCUACUUCACAGGAAUUGCCAUUUUGUCAACCGAAGAAAAAGUCUGCACCACUGAAGUAUGAAGUUGGCGAUCUUAUUUGGGCGAAAUUCAAGAGACGCCCAUGGUGGCCCUGCAGGAUUUGUGCUGAUCCAUUGAUUAAUACGCACUCAAAAAUGAAAGUCGCCAAUAGGAGGCCCUAUCGAGAAUACUACGUGGAGGCUUUUGGAGAUCCUUCUGAAAAAGCCUGGGUGGCUGGAAAAGCAAUCGUCAUGUUUGAAGGCAGGCAUCAAUUUGAAGAACUCCCUGUCCUUAGGAGAAGAGGGAAACAGAAAGAAAAAGGAUAUAGGCAUAAGGUUCCUCAGAAAAUUUUGAGUAAAUGGGAAGCCAGUGUUGGUCUUGCUGAGAAAUAUGAUGUUCCCAAGGGAUCUAAAAACCAAAAAUGUGUCACCAGUUCAAUCAAGUUGGACAGUGAAGAAGAUAUGCUAUUUGAGGACUGUACAAAUGAUCCUGAGUCAGAACACGACCUGUUGCUUAAUGGCUGCCUGAAGUCUCUGGCUUUUGAUUCUGAACAUUCUGCAGAUGAAAAGGAAAAGCCCUGUGACAAGUCUCGAGCUAGAAAAAGCUCUGAUAGUAUAAAAAGGACUAGUGUGAAAAAGGGCCUCCUGCCAUUUGAAGCACAGAAAGAGGACCGGAGGGGGAAAAUUCCAGAGAGCCUUGGCCUAGACUUUAUCUCUGGGAGUGUAUCUGAUAAACAGGCUUCUAAUGAACUUUCCAGGAUAGCAAACAGCCUCACAGGAUCUAAAACUGCACCAGGAAGUUUCCUCUUUUCUUCAUGUAUGCAGAGCACUACUAAGGCAGAUUUUGAGACUUCAAAUUGUGAUUCUUUAUCAGGUUUGUCUGAGAGUGCUUUGAUCUCUAAACAUUCUAUAGAGAAAAAGAAACUCCAGUCAGGCCUGGUGUGCAGCUCAAAAGUACAACUCUGCUAUAUUGGAGGUGGCGAUGAGGAAAAGCGAAGUGAUUCUGUUAGUGUGUGUACCACUUCUGAUGAUGGGAGCAGUGAUCUGGAUCCUAUAGAACAUAACGCAGAAUUUGAUAACAGUGUCCUUGAAAUUACAGAUGCUUUUGAUAGGACAGAGAAUACUUUAUCCAUGCACAAAAAUGAAACAAAGUAUUCUAGAUAUCCUGCCACAAACAGAGUAAAAGAAAAACAGAAGUCCGUCAUUACUAAUUCACAUACAGACCACUUAAUGGAUUCUACCAAGACAGUGGAGUCUGGAACUACUGAGAUAUCUCAGGUUAAUCUUUCUGAUAUUAAAGUCCGUACUCCUGUUCCCAAAACCCAACCAGAAUUUAGAAACGACAGUCUCGCUCCAAAAUUCAGUGCACCACCAAGCAUUUGUAGUGAAAACUCAUUGAUAAAGGGUGGAGCUGCAAAUCAAACUCUGUUACCUUUGAAAAGCAGACAGCCCAAGUUCCGUAGUAUAAAAUGCAAGCAUAAAGAAAACCCAGCUGAUGCAGAACCCUCAGCUACAAGUGAGGACCUCAGCUUAAAAUGCUGUUCUUCUGAUACCAAAGGCUCUCCUUUGGCCAGCAUAUCCAAAAGUGGGAAAGCAGAGGGCCUAAAACUACUGAACAAUAUGCAUGAGAAAACCAGAGAUUCAAGUGACAUAGAAACAGCGGUGGUGAAGCAUGUUCUGUCAGAAUUGAAGGAACUCUCAUAUAGAUCAUUAAAUGAGGAUGUCAGUGACUCUGGAACAUCCAAGUCAUCAAAGCCAUUACUGUUUUCUUCUGCUUCUAGUCAGAAUCAUAUACCUAUUGAACCAGAUUACAAAUUUAGUACAUUGUUAAUGAUGCUAAAAGAUAUGCAUGAUAGUAAGACGAAGGAGCAGCGGUUGAUGACUGCUCAAAAUCUGGCUUCUUACCGCACUCCAGAUCGUGGGGACUGUUCUACUAGUAGCCCUGUAGGGACAUCAAAGGUUUUGGUGUUAGGAGGCUCCACACACAAUUCUGAAAAAACUGGAGAUGGCACUCAGGACACAAUCCGGCUGAGUUCUAGUGGGGGUGACUCUUCAUUGUCUGGAGAAUUAUCUUCUUCCCUGUCUGGCUUAGCUUCAGACAAAACAGACCCUGCUUGUGGUAAAAGUCGCUCAAACUGUAUUCCAAGGCGCAACUGUGGCCGAGCAAAGCCAUCAUCCAAAUUGAGAGAAGCAGUUUCAGCCCAGAUGGCAAAACCCCCAGUAAACCCCAAAGCCUUAAAGACAGAGCGCAAAAGAAAGUUGAACCGACUUCCAGCUGUGCCCAUUGGCGCUAACCAGCUGGGAGACAAAGAAAGUGGAAGCUCCUUGAAUGGCCCAUCAAGGGGUGGGGCUGAAGAUCUUGGGAAAGAAGAGCCUCUUCAGCAAAUGGGCCAUUUAAGAAAUGAAGACACCCAUUUUUCUGAUGUACAUUUUGAUAGCAAGGUUAAACAAUCCGACCCUGAUAAAAUUCUUGAAAAAGAACCUUUUGAGAACAGAAAAGACCCAGAGCUAGGCUCUGAAGUUAACAGUGAGAAUGAUGAACACCAUGGUGUUAAUCAAGUGGUGCCUAAAAAGCGGUGGCAGCGAUUAAACCAAAGGCGCCCUAAGCCUGGAAAACGCACUAACAGAUUUAGGGAGAAAGAAAACUCUGAGGGUGCCCUUGGAGUCUUGCUUCCUGGUGACCCUGUGCAGAAGGGGCGGGAUGAUUACUUAGAACACAGAGCUCCUCCUACGAGCAUACUUGAGGACUCAGCAGCAGAUCCUAAUCAUGUCGGCCACUCGGAUUCAGUUGGGCCACGGCUGAACGUUUGUGAUAAAUCCAGUGUUUGCAUGGGUGAUGUGGAGAAGGAGACAGGAAUUCCCAGUUUGACACCACAGACCAAACUCCCUGAACCAGCUAUUCGGUCAGAGAAGAAACGCCUUAGGAAGCCAAGCAAGUGGCUUCUGGAAUAUACAGAAGAAUAUGAUCAGAUAUUUGCUCCUAAGAAAAAACAAAAGAAGGUACAGGAACAAGUGCAUAAGGUAAGUUCCCGCUGUGAAGACGAAAACCUUCUUGCCCGAUGUCGCUCUAGUGCUCAGAACAAGCAGGUGGAUGAGAAUUCUUUGAUUUCAACUAAAGAAGAGCCUCCAGUUCUUGAAAGAGAGGCUCCGUUUUUGGAAGGGCCCUUGGCUCAGUCAGAUCUUGGAGUUGGACAUGCUGAGUUGCCACAGCUGACCUUAUCUGUUCCUGUGGCUCCAGAAGUCUCUCCGCGGCCUGCCCUUGAGUCUGAGGAAUUGCUUGUUAAGACACCAGGAAAUUAUGAAAGUAAGCGUCAAAGAAAACCAACUAAGAAACUUCUUGAAUCCAAUGAUUUAGACCCUGGAUUUAUGCCCAAGAAGGGUGAUCUUGGCCUUUCUAGAAAGUGCUUUGAAGUGGGUCGCUUGGAGAACGGCAUUGGUGACUCCCGUGCCUCAUCUCAUUUGAAAGAGUUCGGUGGAGGCACUACCAAGAUAUUUGAUAAACCAAGGAAACGAAAACGACAAAGGCAUGUUACAGCCAAAGUCGCCAGAGUGCACUAUAAAAAAGUGAGAAAGGACGGCUCCUCAAAAGAGACUCCACGCUCAGAGGGAGAACUGAUGAUUCACAGAACUGCUGCCAGCCCCAAAGAGAUUCUUGAAGACGGUAUAGAACACGAUCCUGGGAUGUCUGCAUCCAAAAAAUUGCAGGGUGAACGAGGUGGAGGAGCAGCACUCAAGGAGAACGUUUGUCAGAACUGUGAGAAACUGGGUGAGCUCUUGUUAUGUGAGGCUCAGUGCUGUGGGGCUUUCCACCUGGAGUGCCUUGGCCUAACUGAGAUGCCUCGAGGAAAAUUUAUCUGCAAUGAGUGUCGCACAGGAAUCCAUACCUGUUUUGUAUGUAAGCAGAGUGGGGAAGAUGUAAAAAGGUGCCUUCUGCCCUUAUGUGGAAAGUUUUACCAUGAAGAAUGUGUCCAGAAGUACCCACCAACUGUCAUGCAGAACAAGGGCUUCAGGUGCCCCCUCCACAUCUGUAUAACUUGCCAUGCUGCUAAUCCAGCCAAUGUAUCCGCUUCUAAAGGUCGUCUGAUGCGCUGUGUCCGCUGUCCUGUGGCAUACCAUGCUAAUGACUUUUGUCUUGCUGCUGGGUCAAAAAUCCUUGCAUCUAAUAGUAUCAUCUGCCCUAAUCACUUCACCCCUAGGCGGGGUUGCCGAAAUCAUGAGCAUGUUAAUGUUAGCUGGUGUUUUGUGUGCUCAGAAGGAGGCAGCCUUCUGUGCUGUGAUUCCUGCCCUGCUGCUUUUCAUCGUGAGUGCCUAAACAUUGAUAUUCCUGAAGGAAAUUGGUAUUGCAAUGACUGCAAGGCAGGCAAAAAACCACACUACAGGGAGAUUGUCUGGGUAAAGGUUGGUCGAUACAGGUGGUGGCCAGCUGAGAUCUGCCAUCCUCGAGCUGUUCCCUCUAACAUUGAUAAAAUGAGACAUGACGUGGGAGAGUUCCCUGUUCUCUUCUUUGGAUCUAAUGACUAUCUAUGGACUCAUCAGGCCCGAGUCUUUCCUUACAUGGAAGGAGAUGUAAGCAGCAAGGAUAAGAUGGGGAAAGGAGUUGAUGGAACAUAUAAAAAAGCUCUUCAGGAAGCUGCAGCAAGGUUUGAAGAGUUAAAGGCCCAAAAAGAGCUGAGACAGCUGCAGGAAGAUCGAAAGAAUGACAAGAAGCCACCACCUUAUAAACAUAUAAAGGUGAACCGUCCUAUUGGCAGGGUACAGAUCUUCACUGCAGACUUGUCAGAAAUUCCCCGUUGCAACUGCAAAGCUACCGAUGAGAACCCCUGUGGGAUAGACUCGGAGUGCAUCAACCGGAUGCUGCUCUAUGAGUGCCAUCCCACAGUGUGUCCUGCUGGAGGGCGCUGUCAGAACCAGUGCUUCAGCAAGCGCCAGUAUCCAGAGGUCGAAAUUUUUCGCACGUUACAGAGGGGCUGGGGUCUCCGGACAAAAACAGAUAUUAAGAAGGGUGAAUUUGUGAAUGAAUAUGUGGGUGAGCUAAUAGAUGAAGAGGAAUGCAGAGCUCGAAUCCGUUAUGCACAAGAACAUGAUAUCACUAAUUUCUAUAUGCUUACUCUAGAUAAAGAUCGAAUUAUUGAUGCUGGUCCGAAAGGAAACUACGCUCGGUUCAUGAACCACUGCUGCCAGCCUAACUGCGAAACACAGAAGUGGUCUGUGAAUGGAGACACCCGAGUUGGUCUUUUUGCUUUGAGUGACAUUAAAGCAGGCACUGAACUUACCUUCAAUUACAACCUAGAGUGUCUUGGGAAUGGAAAAACUGUCUGCAAAUGUGGAGCCCCGAACUGCAGUGGCUUCUUGGGUGUGAGGCCAAAGAAUCAACCCAUUGUCACGGAAGAAAAGUCAAGGAAAUUCAAGAAGAAGCAACAUGGGAAGCGCAGGAGCCAGGGUGAAGUCACAAAGGAAAGAGAGGAUGAGUGUUUCAGCUGUGGGGAUGCUGGUCAGCUCGUCUCCUGCAAGAAGCCAGGCUGCCCAAAAGUUUAUCAUGCCGACUGUCUCAAUCUGACCAAGCGACCAGCAGGGAAAUGGGAGUGUCCUUGGCACCAGUGUGACGUAUGUGGGAAGGAAGCAGCCUCCUUUUGUGAGAUGUGCCCCAGCUCCUUUUGCAAGCAGCAUCGAGAAGGGAUGCUUUUCAUUUCCAAGCUCGAUGGGCGUCUGUCUUGUACUGAACAUGACCCCUGUGGGCCCAACCCUCUGGAACCAGGGGAGAUCCGUGAGUAUGUGCCUCCCCCAGUGCCACUGCCUCCAAGUCCCAGCACUCAACUGACAGAGCAGUCAUCAGGGAUGGCUACUCAGGGGCCCAAGAUGUCUGAUCAGCCACCUGCUGAUGCUACCCAGAUGCUGCCAGUCUCCAAAAAAGCUCUGACAGGGACUUGUCAGAGGCCACUGCUACCUGAAAGACCUGAGAGAACUGAGUCUAGUUCCCACCUUUUAGAUAGGGUCAGAGACCUUGCUGGGUCAGGGACCAAAUCCAAGUCCUUGGUAUCCAGCCAGAGGCCACAGGACAGGCCACCUGCUAAAGAAGGACCAAGACCUCAGCCAUCUGACAAAGCCUCUCCAAUGACCAAGUCAAGCUCCUCACCCUUAGUCAGGUCCCUGCCACUGGAAAGACCUCUGGGAAUGAUUGACCCAAGGCUGGAUAAAUCCAUAGGUGCUGCCAGCCCAAAGUCCCAGUCAGUGGAGAAAACUCCAGCCCCCACUGGCCUGAGACUUUCACCACCAGACAGACUGCUGACCACCAGCAGUCCCAAACCCCAGAUUUCUGACAGGCCACCAGACAAAUCCCAUGCCUCUUUGACCCAGAGACUUCCACCUCCUGAGAAAGUACUAUCAGCUGUGGUCCAGUCUCUGGUAGCUAAAGAAAAGGCACUGAGGCCUGUGGACCAGAACACUCAGUCAAAGCACAGAGCUGCUUUAGUGAUGGAUCUCAUAGACCUAACUCCUCGCCAGAAGGAGCGGGCUGGUUCUCCUCAUGAAGUCACACCACAGGCAGAUGAAAAGAUGCCUGUGCUGGAGUCAAGUUCAAGGCCAUCUAGCAAAGGUCUGGGGCAUAUGCCACGAGCUGUGGAAAAAGGCAGCAUGUCAGAUUCCCUUCAGCCCGCUGGAAAAGCAGCAGCUCCUUCAGAACACCCUUGGCAGGCUGUUAAAUCAUUCACCCAGGCCAGACUUCUUUCUCCACCUUCUGCCAAGGCUUUUUUAUAUGAAUCAGCAACUCAAGCCUCAGGAAGAGCUUCUGUGGGAGCUGAGCAGACCCCAGGACCUCCCAGCCCAGCACCGGGCCUGGUUAAACAGGUGAAGCAGCUAUCUAGAGGAUUUACAACCAAGAGUGGGCAGUCCUUCAGGUCUCUUGGGAAGAUCCCAGCUUCUCUCCCCAGUGAAGAGAAGAAGUUGGCAACCACAGAACAAAGUCCCUGGGGUCUGGGAAAAGCCUCACCAGGGGCAGGGCUUUGGCCCAUAGUGGCUGGACAAACACUAGCCCAGGCUUGCUGGUCUGCUGGGGGAACACAGACAUUGUCACAAACUUGCUGGUCCCUUGGAAGAGGGCAAGACCCCAAACCAGAGCAAAAUACAAUUCAAGCUCUUAACCAGGCUCCUUCUAGUCGCAAAUGUGCAGAGUCAGAACAGAAAUAAUACAGUAAAUAUCACAUAACCAGGCAAGCUGUCCCCAGGGUACCAUUUGGGGCGGGAAAUCUUCCUUUCUUUUUCCUUUUUGGAAAACAGACAUAUUCCCACACUUCCACUGUUCUUCUUUCCUUAUAUCCCAACACUCAGAACUCUCGUGACAUUAGCCCAUGGGGACUUUUGGUUGUGUGAACCGUGUAUGGAAAUUCGUCGGGCCCCAGUCAAGAGACAGACAGACUUGAGUCUCUUUGCCCUGACUUUUACAUAUGGUCAACUUAAAAUAAAAAGUCCACUCUGGAAUCAAGCAUGGAAUUCAAUUCCACUGGUCAAGUUGGAAAGUAUAGGGGCUCUCAAGGCUAUUUCCCUGGCCCAGCCGAGCCCCAUUGAGAACACCUGAUAAACCUUUAGGCGGAUCUGAUGUUCAUUCAAAUCAUUGGCAGUUUCUUAAGUAUUGAUGUGUGCUAGGUCAGGAGGCUAGUCAUUUGUGUAAGACAGGAUUAAUAAGGCCUGAUCCCAAUGAGCCUAACUUGACUGCUUGGGUCCCCAGGCAGAUUUCAAGGACCUCUGGCCAGGAAACAACAGAAAGUACUGCUAGGUCAUGGGUUUCCAGGUUCGUUCUCGUGUGUGUGUGUGUGUGUGUGUGUGUGUGUGUGUGUGUGUGUGUGUGUGUGUGUGUCCCUGUCCCAGAAUGUGUCUGUAUUGAACAUGUUUCCUGGUUGGAACAUGUAUACAUAUGUGUAGCUCUUCUCUAUAAAUGGAAAGGUGCUACAUCAAGGCCAAGGUGAGCUAUUGGCUGGGGCAGCUGCUGCAGUCUCUGUGUAUUGCAGUCUGAAGAUUUGUCCUUGGAGGAGCGUCUGGUUAGAGGGAGCUGGUCUCUGAGAAUGUAGUGUCCCAGAAGUGGACAAGGACAGUUGGCAAGCUUACCUUUCUUUUCUACCAGUAAUCUUUGUGUGAGAACCUACCCCAUCCACAUUUCCUCAGACACUCAGGUGCUUUCAGACUUCAGUCUCGGGCAGUGGACAGAGGGAAUUUCUGGCAAGCUCCUAGCAAGACACACACCUUCAAGAAGAGUGUCAGAUCCCAAUCUCACGCCCUCCUACCUGAAGAGAGGGAACCCUCUCCACCUCCCUGUGAAUUGCUGUGCUUUCUGUUACAGAGAGCAUGUGCCUGGUAACUUUGCUCAGUGGCAAGCCAGAACCCUUCCCCAAGACUGGACAGACAUGGUGUUUGGAGCAAUGUCCAACCUAAGAGAUGACUCCUCAUAACUGCUGAUUAUCUGUUACUGCUGCCCUGAGCUGGGGCCCAAGGGCUGGGAAUCUGUUGGUGCUACCCUGCCCUACCAUUUCCCCAGCUCACAAACUCCCAACAGGAAGUGCUGUUUGGCUAGUUCUAUCAAACCCACCUGCUCUUUGUCCUCAGACCAUGUGUUUACCUGUCUGCUUUGCCAACAAAUGGCAUCUCCUGGCCAAACCAUCUGGCCCUUGUGUCUCAGUUACGGCUUUUACAUCCUCAGCAGGAUUCUGUUGUGUACCAGUCUCCUCAGGUUCCUGUUGAGGUUAGCUCCCACCACUUCUCAAGAGGAAAGGACAGUGGUGGUUAUAGAAGCAUUUGUGCUUUAUAGAAAAAUCAAGAGAGUUUCCGCUUUUAGUUCCCCAAGUCUGUCUCUGGGGUGGAGACACUUGAACUCAGGCAGAGGAUGAGGCUAGGACAGGGCUGUCCCGAGUUUGGGGCUGAUCCCUGCACUUCACUAAGACAUCAGAAUCUCCUCGGAAUUACACCUGCCUAGUUCUCCCCUUUCAUCCUCUUUCCACAUCAUCAGAGUGAAAAAGCUCUUGUGUUCAAAAGGAAGAGAAAACAUAAAGUAUCUUAUUUUCUUUUAAAAGAAAUUUUAAACCAUGAAGAAAAUAUUUUUAAAGAAAUUCACCCAGGACAUUAAAGUUCACUAUAUUACGUAUUUAUCAUGUGUGAGAAUAUAAGUAUAUAAUUGCAGCUAGUCGGCCCCUCCCUGAUUUCUUAGGUUGUGUGAGUAGGUUUGCUUGGUGCCAGUCCUGUGCCCUUUGCUCUCCUGUCAUCUGUAGUUGUGAUCAGAAGAUAACUGCACUGCACUGUCAGUCUCCUUUCACUGUUGUGUAUUGAUUACCGUAGCUCUGUUUCAUGAAAUAAACUGUGAACUGGGGGGUGGGGGGUGCAGGCUAUGUAAAAAUUUUAAGUGGAGAAGUUUGGUCUUGACAUAGCUUCUCUAAAAUAGGUUUCAGUAGGUAAUUGGCUUUGACAGCUGUCCAGAAAUGUCUCACAGGACAGGAAGGGAGGGUUGGGGGUCACAGCUGGCCACUUGUGUUUUGUUUUGAUAUUUCCAUUCACCACCAUUCUUUGGAGCCUUCCUUCCAGACCUGCUAGGAAAACAUCCUCUGAGCUGUGUACUUGUGGGGUGGAGGAUUUCGGGUGAGGAACAGUCUUUCUAAUGACAGGCACGUUCUAUCCAGGGCCACUGAAAGACUCUAGGUUGUUGAGUGGAAACUAGACGUUUGAGCAGAGACCCACAGAUAACAGCAUGAGAGCAGUGUUAAAAGUGGGCAUUGGUUACUAUAUCCUUUAGUAACACAAGUGCUGGGGGGCAGGGUUGAGUGUGACAGUGGGAAGAGGGUGACUUUGCAGUUCUUAGGGACUUCUUUUGAAUCUUAUAUAACCCUUUCUUUGAGGGUGUGAAUUGGCAGCAGAGAAAAUCUUAUUAGAAACUUAUGAUCUGUGAACAAGGUGGUAUUUUGGCAUUGGCAUUUGGCUGAGUGCUUGAAAUUUGGAUGGCCAGAGACUCUGCCUGUGAGACAGCACCCAGGAAGUACUUUCCAGGGACAAGCCAAAGGCAGAAAUGCUCCUAGGUAGUGACUAAAACUUCUUGUUUAGUUAGGGAAAAAAUAAGGGAAUUGUUGAAAUUUGCAUCCUUCAUUUGUUCUUCCUGUUGGAGCCAACCCACUUUAAUAGAAGAUAGCCAUCAUUUAGACCUCCUACCCCUCAAAAAAGUAUUUUAGACGUCCGCUUCCCUAAAAUUACUGAGUUUGAAAUUAUUUAAGUCACUGUGUCAAUUUUUUUUUUUUUAAACCAAUUCUGUAUCUUUGGUAUUCAUACCCUCUACCCCACACACUACACUCUGGGCUUGAAGUGCAGUAGUGAGCCUUCGUGGCUCUGCACUGUCAGUUCACUGAAGCUGGACUUCCAGGUUGUAUUCCAGUGUUCCAGAACUGACAGGAAGGAUGUCUAGGUUGUCCAUGUAAGGCAAUCAGGAGAGCAUUGAAUUAGAUGGGUCUUGCCCCUGGCUCCAAAAAAUUAAGUUUUCUCAAACUUGUUAUUAUCAUCCUCUUGGGGAUGUUGUCAUUGGAUAAAAAGAGGCACAGUGUCCUCACCUCCUAGAUCAGAGGACAGGAGCAGCAGCAGGAAUUUCCUGUUGUUAAAAUUGAGCUAUUCAUGUUAAAUACCCCAAGUCAGUUAGACCUAGGUAGCUACUGAGGAGCUUUGAUUGGCUGUGACCAGUUUGCUCUCAGCUGAGCUUCCUAGGUCACUGCAAAGUUCUAUAGUGUAAAUUGAAAUACAAAUAAUUGCUUUGUACACAAAACAAUGUAAUGAUGGUGCUAAUCUCAUGGUAUAAAUAAGCACUGCCAAGGGUUGAGGGAGUGGUGACGUGAGAAACCUGGGUUCCCCUCUGGGAAGGUAAUUUAUAUAGGUUCCUUUCAGCUCUUUGAGAGAGAGGUGGCAGGCAGAGCAUCAUUGAUGCCUGCCAACCCGACCCUGGAAUGUUCAGUACAAUCUGGAGGUGGAAGAGAUGUUCCCAUAUCCAGAUGAUGGCCACUGAGUUUCUCAGGGCUAGAGGUCACCUUGUCCAUAGCCUUUGUCCCACCCUGCCUAGGACAGGUUAAAAGAGAACUAUGGGUAUGGGGUGUCCAUUACCUUCUGCUUCUCUACCUCUUCCCCUCGUGGCAGCAUCUCAGUUGCUUGUGAAUAAGGGCAAUGUUUCUUAAGAAAGUUGGAAGAGCUUAUUUUAUUUAGACAACUACAACCUCAAAAGAGAUGUUUCCUUACCAACAUAAGCAACAUAUUAAACUCUUUUGUGGUCCUUCCCCUAGAGCAGCCUUCCUGUGACUUUAAGAACACCUAACUAUAAGGGGCUCCAGUUGUAAGUAGCUUGUGGGAGCUUUUAGCACAGCUACACAGAGGCAGAGUAGGGACCAAGGGUCCUGGUGUUGUGGUCUCCAGGGUGUGGUGGUCCGCCUUGUGUAUGUAGGUGAGUGUGGAGGUUGGGUGGGUACAGCACCUAGGAGCUCAUGGAAAAGCAGCUUUUUAGGUCUUGGCGAAGAAAGCUGACCAGAAAGCUCUAUUUUUUAAAUGGGGAAAAGGGUUCAGCCAAGGUCCAUCACUGUGUUCUCACCCCCCAACAGAUUGUCAGCUGAAAGUGAACCUCCUAGUAAAAAAGAAGGGAACCCUGUCUAGGAGUCCCCAUAAACAUGUACUGUAAUUCUUUGUAUAUAGAAAAAAAAUUACUGUAAAGUAAAGUUUAACUUUACUCUUA